GAGCCGAUAAAGCUGCAUUUUCGUCUGUUGUUUCGUCUCUUGUCUCCCAUUCUAGCGCAACAAAAAAAAAAAUCCGCCACCGCUCAUUUGUUUUGUUUUUUUAGUAAACAGAACCCGGCACAAGGUGAAGAAGAAGAAGAAGAAGAAGAAGAAGAAGACUUAGACGUGUACCGUUAGCUAGUAUCUCUUCUGUCCGAUAACACGAGAAAAAGCAUGUCUGCUCAGCCCGGUGAGGAGCUAGGCUCGGAGGGGAAGUGGUUCGGGGAUGACUACGAGCGGAACGGCCUGUUUGGGAACACACCGACCCGCUUCGGCGAGCUGCGGGACGAACUGAAGCCGAGGGGCGGCGAGGUGGCCGGCGACCUGGACCGACAAUUUCACCCUUCCCAGGACGACGGGAAACGGCCCCCCGUUGCUAUGGGAACUGCAUCUACAGAUGACCUCAUGUCUGGCCCGUUUAGGACGCCUAUGAAUGAAGACGGCGACGUCUACACUUCCCUGAUGUCGAAUCAGAGCUACGCGUCCGGCCGAGAAGCCUCCUACCUGUCGGAUGACCUGAAACCGACUAAGCCCUCCUCCGCCCUGGAUCAGCUCUCUGGCGACCGCUAUAGCUUCAGCACCAAGAUGACCUCUGACCUGGGUGAUGACAUGCCAAAAUCUCUGUUAGGCUCAGAUAAGACGGAAUCCUACAACUACAUGGACAUUAGCCACGGGGAGGAGCGCCAUGACCACCACAGCCUGGUGGAUACAGGCUCAACCGGUCACGACUCGUUAGGCAGCUACAUGGAAAAGAACCACGCGAGAGAUGAGGAGGGAGACCUCGGGUCGGCACUGGGCUCCCACUCUUUCCCCUACGUGGAGGAGCCAUCUGACGAAGAGCUGUCGGACUACCGCUCCUACCGAAACCUGGGCGGCACCCCCCAGACGGCCAGCCCGGUGAAGAUCACUUUGACGGAGUCCCAUCCUCAAGCUGCCAAGAGUGAGCUGCCGCAGCACGCCCCCCCGGUCAGUGUGUCCGAGCGUGAAAACGUCCUCAGCGUGGGCUUGCAGGGGGUUCCCACUGUGACGCUAUCGGAGCCAGAGGACGACAGCCCUGCCUCCACUCCCAAUGCUUCGCCGACACAAAAAGAAUUCCGUUCCCAUGACAUGUUCAAGGCGGACGCAGCGAAGCCGGCGGCUUCCAAAAGCAGCCGGGGCUCAGCGGCGGGCGGCAGGGAGCACGACGGCAGCAGCGCCGAGUCCGGAGACUCCGAGAUUGAGUUGGUGUACGAGGAGCCUCCCAAGGCCGCUAGCAACCCAUUGGUCCAGCUGCCGAAAAGCAAGGGCGCUCCCAGCCAGCCUAACAACCCCUUUGACAAUCCCCCUGUGGCCAAGGGUGGUUUCGGCAGCCACGCUGCCCCCACAGCCUACAGCAUUCUGAGAGAGGAGAGAGAGGCGGAGCUCGACAGCGACCUCUUCAUCGAGUCCGCGUCCGAAGAGAGCCCCAAGAGAGCGCAGGGCUCCGGUGGCCCCAAACGGGGGGUGAGCCCUCCCUCUUCCCUGGCUCCCGGCGCCCCUCCCCGGAGCGCGGCGGCGCCGGCCGAGCACCUGACCCCAGAGAAGGUCAAGAGCCCGGUUAGAGUGGAGGAGGAUCGGCCCAGCAAGCCCAAACCGCCCACUGCCGCUGUGCCCCCAGAGGUGCGAUUGGAGAGGCCCCAACAGGACGACAUGCACAAGCUCGACAACGAGGGCAAAGGAGAGCCGGCCGCCUCAAUCGUCCUGCAGGGCUUUGAUAAACAAAAAGCCAUCGACCUGCUCUACUGGAGGAACGUGAAGCAGUCCGGGGCCGUGUUCAGCAGCGUGCUCCUGCUCCUCUUCUCGCUGACCCAGUUCAGCGUGGUCAGCGUCGGCGCCUACUUGGCCCUGGCGGCCCUCUCGGCCAGCAUCAGCUUCCGGAUCUACAAGUCUGUGCUGCAGGCUGUGCAGAAGACCGACGAGGGACACCCUUUCAAGGCCUACUUGGAGGUGGAGAUCGCUCUGUCCCAGGACCAGAUCAGUAAAUAUGCCGACAAAAUCCUGCUCUACACCAACACCUGUAUGAAGGAGCUCCGCAGGCUGUUCCUCGUACAAGACCUGAUCGACUCCUUGAAGUUCGCCGUGUUGAUGUGGCUGCUGACCUACGUGGGCGCCCUCUUCAACGGCCUGACACUGCUCAUCCUAGCCGUGGUGUCCAUGUUCAGCAUGCCCGUGGUCUACGAGAAACAUCAGGCACAGAUCGAUCAGUACGUGGGACUAAUACGGACCCAUGUCAACUCUGUGGUGGGAAAGAUCCAGGCAAAGAUCCCCGGGGCGAAGAGGAAGGAGGAGUAGAGGAGUGCGUCUCACCGAGGAAGAUGACAGUCCAGCUCAGUCGGGGCAGCGCGAUCAACCGUUGAAGAGACCGGUCGCCAUCCGUCGGGCAUCGUGCUGCAUCAUCUUGGUGUUCUUCAAAAGCAUCCACUGGAGAAACCUCCACCCUGUGUAUAGCAGUUCAAACACUUAACACACAGUCGCACCUACAUAAUCCUGUUUCUAGGUAGACAAGUACACGACUAGAAAACAAAAGAAAACUGACUUUUUUUUGUGUUGCUUAUUAUUAAAAGUGCAUGAAGUCGA